ACUGAAUCCCCCCGAGUCACCGUCCGUGAAGCAGUCGAGGCGCGUGACGUGUGUUGGCCGAGGCUCCGAGUUUGACGUCGUUCUCACCUCCAUGAAAAGGUCUUGCUUAUAAGGUUCAGCUCAACAUAAGCAACAAGAUGAGGUUGCAUGCAGCACCAAUUUUCCUCUUCUUGCUGGCUAACGUGCUCGCGGCACCCAGUCGUCCCAGAGUGAUCCCAAAUGCAGAGGCGGAACUGCAUCUCCCGGCGACGCGAGAGGACUCCGGCGGAGGCGGCAUCUUGCAGUCCAUUUUGCAGACCUUGAAUCCUUUCUCCAGUAGGAAGAGCAGGGAUCUAGAUGAUUACUUAACCUCGUUCAAGAAGAGGCUCGUGCGAGAAGCCAGUGAUCUUACGAACCUUUACGUCAGGGCGGCUGCCGACGUCUACCCCGAGCGGGGAGGCAGAGAACGCAGACAGCCACAACACGACCCUGAACAAGACUUCCGACUCAACCACAGGCCGAAGAGAGAGCACCCCUUGGAGUGGCCGCUCUUCGAGGAUGCCGAGGGUGAGUGUCUCAUCUAUUGCUCUGUUGAUUUUGUAUUUCGUUUAAGAGGAGACCAGAGAGUUACCCGGGGGGCGGGAGGGGGCAGGGGCCACCCCCGAGCCCCGUUAAAACCCGGGGGCUAA